AUGUUCCUGCUAAAAGAAAGAAGCGAAGCACCAGCUCUCUUCACUGAGAUGAAUGAAUUACAGCGAGCAGGACCUGUAGAAGAAUGGAGGGAGACAGCACGAUGGGUGAAGUUUGAGGAAGAUGUUGAAGAGGGUGGAAACAGGUGGUCAAAACCUCACGUCGCCACUCUUUCACUUCAUUCGUUGUUUCAGCUUAGGUCUUGCCUCCUAAACGGAAUCGUUAUAAUAGACUCAGACUCAACAACGUUAUCUGAUCUUAUUGAGGAAUCUGAAAGGGAUCAAGUGCGCCAGGUUUUAUUGAGACGUCACCGACACCAGUAUGAGCAAGUACUAAAAUUACUUCAUUUACUGUCUACUAAUGGCUCUUUUACUGACGGGCUGUUCCUUACUUUUAUUGUAAUGAUAUUGCAGGCUAAGGGGGCUAAUAAUGGUGUUGGCGGUGGUCAAGGUGGGUUUCUUAACGCUGUUCGUUCUAUAUCUGAUAUGGGAAGGUCGCUGUCGGGUCGUAAUGUUAGUAAAGCCGGUGAAGCUCAGGAAAGCUCUCGUAAAAGCCCAAAUUUGCUAGAAAGUUCGCAUCAAGAUAUCAAAGGUAACAUUCAUUUCAUGAAAAAGCUGCCUCCCGGAGCUGAAGCAUCAAAUGUUCUGGUUGGUGAGGUCGAUUUCUUAACGCACCAUAUAACUGCGCUUGUGCGCUUAAAGACAGCGAGCUUACUUGGAGAUCUUACUGAGGUACCUGUGCCUACGCGAUUCUUUUUUGUUUUAUUAGGACCUACCGGUCAUGCAAGUCAAUAUAGAGGAAUUGGAAGGGCUAUUGCCACCCUUAUGUCUGAUGAAGUUUUUCACGACGUUGCAUACAAAGCUCGAGAUCGUACGGAUUUCUUAGAUGGAGUUGACGAGUUUCUUGAUCAGGAGAAUGGGAUCCAAAUAUUCAGAAAAGAAAAAAUGCAGAAAAUCUAUUAUCAGGAAAAGGAGAUGAAAGUUAAACCGAUAGAAGAUGAAGACGCACAUGGGAAUGACCCAGCGCUGAAACGAACUGGUAAACUUUUCGGAGGUUUAAUUGCGGAUAUAAAACGAAAGGCUCCUUGGUAUAUUUCUGAUUUUACUGAUUCAUUAAAUCUGCAGUGCCUGGCUACAUUCUGCUUUAUGUAUUUUGCUCUGCUCGCUCCCAUUGUUACAUUCGGCGGUCUUCUUGAAGAGGCAACACAUCAGCGAAUGGCGGCUAUGGAAAACCUGUUUGGAGGAGCAAUAUGUGGUGUCUUUUACCACCUGUUUAGUGGGCAGCCGUUGACCAUCAUCGGUUCUACGGGUCCAGUUCUGGUGUUUGAAACAAUCGUAUUUGAAAUAUGUGACACUUGGAAAAUAGAUUACCUUUCCUUCAGGUUUUGGGUGCACGUGUGGACAGCUUUAAUCUUGUUCAUUAUGGUUAUUACAGACGCUAGUUCGCUGGUCUCAUAUAUUACACGUUUUACCGAAGAAUCUUUUGCUACGUUAAUUGCAGUGAUCUUCAUUUACGAGGCUAUUUGUAAGUUAGCUAGAAUCGGGAGCCAACUUGAUGUUGUCAACUACAGUUAUGAUGUGCGUUAUAUUCUUUAUAUUUUUCAGUUACUUUUAUUUUAUGACACUUUUAAUUACUCUGCAGUAUGUUUUGAACAUGACUGCAACUUUUUCCAUGGAAAACUUCAUGGGAAAAACUGCUUUUUUCUUUACGACAAGUUCCUGAUGUCGCUUGUACUCAUGCUGGGUACAUUUUUCUUAGCAAUAACGUUCAAAAAAAUGAGGAACAGCUGCUAUUUUCCAUCCAGAAUUCGACAGAUAUUCAGUGAUUUUGCUGUCAUGAUCUCUAUUGUGAUUAUGACCAGUAUCGAUUUCUUUGUUGGGAUAAAUACACCAAAGUUAAAUGUCCCGAGUUCAUUCAGACCAACCUGGGAAGGAAGAGGUUGGAUUAUUCCACCAUUCAAUGGUAAUCCUUUUUGGACAGCACCCCUUGCAGCUGUACCAGCGCUGCUGGCCUGCAUCCUGAUUUUUAUGGACCAACAGAUUACAACCGUUAUUGUAAAUCGAAAAGAAAAUAAGCUCAAAAAGGGUUGCGGUUACCAUCUUGACCUUUGCGUUUUAUCAGCACUUAUAGUUAUCGUAGGGUUCUUGGGGCUACCGAUAUACGUCGCAGCAACGGUUUUAUCUAUUAACCACGUAAACUCGUUGAAAGUUGAAUCAGAAUCGAGAGCCCCUGGUGAAGUUGCUCAGUUCAUAGGAGUGAGGGAACAACGUGUUACUGGAAUGGUUACAUUUUUGUUUAUCGGGUUAUCUGUAAUGAUGACUGGAUUAUUAAGCCACAUACCAAUGCCAGUGCUAUAUGGAGUUUUCUUGUAUAUGGGUAUUGCAGCUCUCGGAGGGAUACAACUCUUUGACAGAAUCUUAUUAUUAUUUAUGCCAAUGAAAUAUCAGCCUGAUACUAUCUAUAUUCGUCACGUUCCUAUCUCUGUGAUCCACCGAUUUACCUUCUGCCAGGUUGCGUGUCUGGGAGUUUUAUGGACAGUGAAGUCAAUAAAAUCUACGUCUAUAUCGUUUCCUAUAAUGUUAGUCGUAAUGGUUGCUGUUCGUAAGUUCAUGGAAAAAUUCUUCACUGAAAGGGACUUAAAGUACCUGGACGACAAAAUGCCAGAGUUCCAUCUGCGGAAAAAGGAAGACAUGAGUAAAGCCGAGGAAGAGAUUGAUAUUGAUUUGGAAGAAAAUCAAGGAACGAUUCAUGCAGUUAAGACGAAGGCUCAUUUGCAUAUCCCAAUGGCUAGUGGAAACGUCAUCAAGAUUCCAUUGGCGGCUAUUCAGGAACCCUCUCAUAAUAUCAAUAUAUCCAAUGAAGUGAACCAGAGUGGGUUAUGGAAGCAUAUUGCUUCAGAAUCUCAUAUGUCAAUUUGUUAUAGGGACGCCGGCGCGAGUGACAUUAUGAAUGAGAAACCUGAUGAAGCCAUCGAUGACGAAGAAGCAAUAAUGAUAAAUAUUGUACGCCCUUCACCACCUUCUUCAUCAGCUCAGAUAAGUGGUGAAGACGCCCCUUUACUAAGUAAAAAGACGUCAGAAGAACGGUUGUAG